UCCCGCGCUGAAAAGGCGGCAGCGCUCCGCGCAUCGCGGCCGGCAAAGCCGGGGAGCGUGGAAGGCGCAAGGUGCAGAGUGUGGGUGUGUGUGAGCGCGGGGGGUGGCGGGGGGAGGUUUGUCUGUCUGUCUGUGUGUGUGUGUAUGUAUGUGUGCGUGUGUGUAGGAGAAGGGGGGGUGAGCCCCGUCCGCCCCUUAUAAGAGACACAAUCCUCAGCCACUUUUUUGCAAAAGGGGCUUUGCAAAGCAGCCUGCGCACACGCGAGCGCCACGAGCCUCCCCGCGGCCGCCGCACGGAGGGCGAGAGGGAGGGGGGCGGGCAGAGCCGCCCGCCGUCCCCGCCGGCCGCCCGGCUCAGCCGUCCGCUCCCGUCGGUCCCCGUUUCCCUUUCCCCUGCCGUCUGUCGCCUGGCUCUUUUUUUCUUUUUUCUUUUUUCUUUUUUUUUUUUUUUUAAUUUUAAAUUGAACUUCGCAAGUUUUUCCUUUUUCUCUUUUUAUUUUUUAUUUUUUAUUUUUUGUGGUAGUGGUGGGGGGACGAGGACCGGCCGUCACUCGGGCGCCCCCGCCUCGCAGGACGCCCCCUCGCCCAUGGCCAGCGGCAGCCCCGCCAGGAUGUCCAGCGCCGCCGGGCAGCCGCCCUUCCUGCAGCCGGCGUGCUUCUUCGCCGCGGCGGUGGCCGCCGCCGCCGCCCCUCCGGGGCCGCCCCCGGGGGCGCCGCCGCAGCUCAGCCCGGCGGGCGGGCAGCCCUCCCCGGGCGGCAAGCCCUCGGCGCCGCGGGCGGCGAAGCGGCAGCGCUCGGCCUCGCCGGAGCUGAUGCGCUGCAAGAGGAGGCUCAACUUCAGCGGGUUCGGGUACAGCCUGCCGCAGCAGCAGCCGGCGGCCGUGGCGCGGCGCAACGAGCGGGAGCGCAACCGGGUGAAGCUGGUGAACCUGGGCUUCGCCACGCUGCGGGAGCACGUCCCCAACGGCGCUGCCAACAAGAAGAUGAGCAAGGUGGAGACGCUCCGCUCCGCCGUCGAGUACAUCCGCGCCCUGCAGCAGCUGCUCGACGAGCAUGACGCCGUCAGCGCCGCCUUCCAGGCGGGCGUCCUCUCCCCCACCAUCUCGCCCAGCUACUCCCACGAUAUGAACUCCAUGGCGGGCUCCCCCGUCUCCUCCUACUCCUCCGACGAGGGCUCCUACGACCCGCUCAGCCCCGAGGAGCAGGAGCUUCUCGACUUCACAAGCUGGUUCUGAACGCCGGCAGGUGGGUAGGCGCCCGCGGAGGGCCGGGGGAGGUCGGGGAGACAGCGGGGACGGACGCGGGGCGGCGGGGCCGCAGCCGCCGGGGGAGGGGGCGCAGCCGGGGCUGCCCCUUCGGUGGGCUCCGCGGGUCCCGCGGUUCUUACGCUGCACUAGUCCCGGCGCGGCUCUGAUCUCCUCUCCCUUUUAUUGUUACAGGACAGUCGCAAAAGGGAAAAAAAAAACCCCAAACAAAAACAAACAAACCCCACAAACCCAGAUCACACACAGAGAGACAAAAAUCCACGCAGAAAAAGAACCUGUUGCGUUUCCAGCUUCCCUGCCGUCGGAGGGCGGUGCGGGCACGUCUCUCGGCGGGCGGGCACAGCGCUGCGCGCCGCGGGGGCGGUCGGGGCGGUCGCCCCCGGCCCCGGAGACCGGCCGGCCUUUGCACUCCGUC